GACAUGUUUGGCCAUCGCGGGCUUCCGUCUUUAUCCAGGAAGUAUGGCCGCCCGGUUGUGGCUUCGUUGUGUUUUCGGACCUCACCUGAAAAGAAUUCAUCGCCGCCCGGACCAGAUUUGGCCCGAUGGACGACUGGUCAGGACGGGAUGGAACUACCAGUCUGGGAGUUUGGAGAAACACACCGACAGCAUUCUCGGUUGGGCUUCAGCUAUGUGGUAUCUGUCCUACUGCAGCUCUCCCUUACUAGUUUGCUAUCUGUAUGGAAAAGGCUACAUCUGCAGCAGUAAGUUGGCGCCAUUGAGUCAGUACGUGGCGACGACGUUGCUGUGUCUCCUCGGCGUGGCGUGUCUCCGAGGCUGGGGAAGAUGGAAGAACGCUCAGUACCUGGAGUUUGUUUCCGUUUUGGAGGAGGCCAAGAAGAAUCACUCGCCGGACAACAAGAAGAAGCUGAGAUGCUACAACUUUGACUUCUCUCACUGGCCUGCUGAUUUCAGCUGGACCGAAGUCAGCAACCCGAAGUCCAGCAAGGCCGGCGUGUCGCUGCUAAAGCACCAGCCCCGCCCGAGGGGGGCGGCGGACAGCGCGCUGCGCUCCGUACGCGCUCUGCUCUGCCACGUCGUCAGUUACCUCAUCGUGCACUCCUUCGGGAGGAGGAUGCUCUAUCCGGGCUCGGUGGGACUGCUGCAAAAAGCCAUGAGGCCCAUGCUGGAGCAAGGCCAGGCCAAGCUCAUCGAGGAGUUUGACGGCCAGAGGAACAAGCUGGUGGCCUGCGACGGCAACGAGAUCGAUACCAUGUUUGUGGACCGCAGGAGACACGGCGGGUCCAAGGCCCACACGCUGGUCAUCUGCUGCGAGGGCAACGCCGGCUUCUACGAGGUGGGGUGUAUGAACACCCCACUGGAGGGCGGCUACUCCGUCCUGGGCUGGAACCAUCCGGGCUUCGGAGGCAGCACGGGGGUUCCCUUCCCACAGAAUGAAGCCAACGCCAUGGACGUGGUCAUCCAGUUUGCCGUGCACAAGCUGGGCUUUCAGCUCCCCGACAUCGUCAUUUACGCCUGGUCCAUCGGCGGAUUCACAGCCAGUUGGGCGGUGAUGUCAUACCCCGAAAUCAAGGCGGUGGUGCUGGAUGCUUCUUUCGAUGACCUUCUACCUCUGGCCCUCAAGGUCAUGCCCGAAAGCUGGAGACCGCUGGUUCAUUACACGGUGCGGCAGUACAUCAACCUCAACGUUUCCGAGCAGCUUCUCAAAUACCAGGGGCCCGUGCUGCUCGUGCGCAGAACCAGAGAUGAGAUCAUCACCACCACGAGUCCCGUUGACGUCGCGUCCAACCGAGGAAACAACCUCUUGCUCAAUCUGCUGCAGUUCAGGUAUCCCAAAAUAAUGACCUUGGAAGGGUUGGACGUGGUCCGACAAUGGCUGCGUGCCUCCACCCACGGAGAGGAAGCGUCCGUAUACAGCGGCUACCAGGUGGACGACGACUGGUGCACGUCCGUUUUGCUGUCGUACGGCAGCGACGCGGACGUCAAGUUUCCCUGGAAUUAUGGUGAGCGCAUGACUAUCCGAGAGAAGCAACAGCUGGCUCUCUUCCUGGCUCGCAAACACAUGAGAAACUUUGAAACGACGCACUGCACACCGCUUCCCGCCUCUGAGUUCCACCUCCCAUGGGAGCUGUAUUAGGGGAGAGGGCCGGUCAAAAUGGCGUCCCCCUCGGCACGAUUUCGUGACUUGUUUUGUUUUAUUUAAGUGUAGUGCUGCUGUUCUGGUUGCCCACAAAACAACUAAAUCAUGACAUUUUUAAUAAGUGCACAUUUUCCAUCCUCAGAUACGGUUUGGGAUUACAAAUGGAAUUAUUCUGUUGUCCUGUCAAAUGAGCUGAAUAAAAGUCUUUCAAUCGGGGA